AUGCAAGUGUUUUUGUGUUGUUUCAUAAUAGUUAAAUCUAUCUAUCUAUCUAUCUAUCUAUCUAUCUAUCUAUCUAUCUAUCUAUCUAUCUAUCUAUCUAUCUAUCUAUCUAUCUAUCUAUCUCAGUCCAUUCACAUCUAUCUAUCUAUCUAUCUAUCUAUCUAUCUAUCUAUCUAUCUAUCUAUCUAUCUAUCUAUCAUAUUUCUCAUGUUACUUAGUGUGAUACAAUUCCACUACUUUCAGUUCUGUCUGUCUAUCUAUCUAUCUAUCUAUCUAUCUAUCUAUCUAUCUAUCUAUCUAUCUAUCUCAUUUUUUUCAUAUCUCACUGCUUAUUUUCUUAUCUAUAAUUCUGACGAUUCGUUUUCGCAAAUUGUCAGAUAUCGGAAAUCUAUCUAUCUAUCUAUCUAUCUAUCUAUCUAUCUAUCUAUCUAUCUAUCUGUUAUGGCCCGGUUCCUUGUACCACGGGCCGGUUUUACCUCCCAUCAAUCUAUCUAUCUAUCUAUCUAUCUAUCUAUCUAUCUAUCUAUCACUCUCCUUCGAAUCCAUAGCAUGUUUGAAACCGAAUAUGAUCGUAAAUUGUUGCAUGCUUUCUCUUCCAUUUGUUGUCGUCUGACUUUUUUCUUUCCGUCUUCAUCAUCGUUACUCUUGAUUGCUUUACUUUCCUCUUCUCUUUUGAUCCCUUCUGCUCUUUCUUUUUUUUUUUAA